AUAAUGUAGCUAUUUUUUUAUAAAAAGGGGCACAAAGGGGCAUUCACAAGUUAGAAGCUAGUCCACACCCUUCUCUAGUCUCUUCUUCACUUCGUUUUGAUAAAGAGUCUUUCGUAUGACCCAAAGAGCCACUUGCAAGUUGCAACUUGAGGGAUAAAUAAAAGUAGCUAGGGUUUCUACAGAUGAAGAAGAGACAGAUGGUAAUCAAGCAGAGAUCAAGAAACUCCAACACAUCUUCCUCUUGGACUACCACUUCUUCUUCUUCUUCUUCCUCGGCCAUCAGUAACGUCCGCUACGUCGAGUGCCAGAAGAACCACGCUGCUAACAUCGGAGGUUACGCCGUCGACGGUUGCCGUGAGUUCAUGGCCGCCGGGGUUGAAGGAACCGUCGAUGCUUUGAGAUGCGCCGCUUGUGGUUGUCACCGGAAUUUUCACCGGAAGGAAGUUGAUACGGAGGUUGUUUGUGAGUAUUCUCCACCUGACGCUUGAAUUUUUUUUUGUUUCCAGAGGAUUUUUUACUUUCCUUUUUCUUUUUCUUUUUUUCUGGUUUGGAUUGGAUUGAUCGAUUGAUUUUUAAAGAUGGAUUUUAUUAGAGGAUAUUUGUAUAUGAAUAUUGAUGUGUAUAUCAAACAGCUCACAUACCGCCCAUCUAUAUAUCUAUAUAUGUAUUUACAAAUAUAGCUUGCUGGUUUGACAUAUUGUAUACUUCUGUUUGUGUGAUGUGUAAACAAUAGUUUAUUUUUAAUU